AUGGCCGAAAGUCAGUUCUCCAGAGAGCUUGGCGAAGGAAUGCUGGAUGCUCCUGCGCCCGAUGACUCUGGAGUUCGCCCGCCUUCUCGGUCCGCCGCAGUGAAGCGGGUCAUCGAAGCGUGGGAGCCUGACGAGUUCGCAGAGCUUGUCGAUCAAAUGCGCCCGAUCGAGUUCGAGCCAGAGGUGCUGCCCGAGGAGGAGACCCUGCGCGAGGCGAACGACGCGGUGACGGACGAGGUGGAGAACUUGAUUUCUUCCUGGACGGUUCAACCGAGUCAAGUGAUGAAGUCUGCCAUGUACGUCGUGGCGAUGUAUGUGAAGGAGGAUCACAUCUGGAGUGCUUCCAAUGACAUAUUGGCCACGCGCGUCAUCGACCUGCUGUGCGGGGAGAGCUUCCGCGCCCACAAGGACGGCGUCUACUUGUACGGCAAUGGAGACUGGGCGUUUGUCGAGGAGAUCAAGUACCAGUACAUCAGGAAGAUCUUGGCGGUCCUCGGCUGCGCGGCGAAAGUCUUUGCAUUCCUCGUCUCCAAGGAGACAAAGCGAGACGUGGCGGCUGUCUUUCAGGAGGUCGGACAGCACCAUGGAGCGAUCUCAGCCAACACCGCUGCGUGCCACGCUGACUUCGGUCGGCCCCGCCAGGAAGACCCGACCGCUUGGUCCAAGGAGGGCGGGCGCGUUGCGCUCGACCUCACGCAGCGCUACUCCACCAAAGGCAAGAGCACUGAGUUCAUAGAGUCAUAUGGCCAGUUCUUCCAGAUCCCGAAGCCGACGUCCGAGGGCGCCUUGGUCAACGCGCAGAACGUCACUUUGAAAAUCUCCCGCGAGGGGUCCGCGGAUGAAAGGUUCCGUUCUGUCAAGAAGAGCCACUCGAACAACUGCUACCUGGGCGUGCCUGUGUCGCUUGACUACACGCCAUCUUGGCAGCACGAGGAGGAGAUGCGCCUGUUCCUGUGCACUUCCUUCGCUGGGAACCCCGAGGGUCGCAGGAUGGACAUGGCAGCAGAAGCGUUAGUGUGGUACGACGUCCCCUCCCCGCAGAUUGGCCUGAUCAUGGCGGGCGACGGCGGCAACGCCAAAUCUGCCAAGGCUGCCCUGCGGGCGAACGUGCUGGGGGAGCACCGCCACUUCGUCUCGAGCGACGUGCUGCAAGUCCCAGAGGAAUUCCGAAACCGAGGGAAGCAUUUCGCGCGUGCCCGAGCUGCAACGGUGCAGGAGAAUCAGGGCGGCGUGCCGUGGAUCGAGGACGUGGUGAAGCGCUGGCUCAGUGGUGCGUACGUUGCCUGCCGAGCCCUCUUCGGGAAAAGUACUGGCCUGUUCAGCUGGCUCCGCUGCGUGCAGUACUUCGAGUGGAACCACGCCUACCCGUCCAUCCGAGGCGAUUGGCACAACGUGCAUUCGCUGCGGUCCUUCUGGCGCCGCCUUGCCGUCAUCGAGCUCGGCGCCGUGUUCACGAGCGACCCCUCCAAGGUGAACGUCGGUGGCAAGGUUUUCCACGAGAAGGACUUGACCGCAUUCCUGGAAAGCCCAGAAGCCCGUCUCGUCUACAUCCGUUCCUACCUCAUUCCCUUCAUGCAGAAGUACAACGCUGAGGAGUGCCGCCAGAUCCUCAAGAACCCUUCCGCUGAAGUAGUGGAGGCGACUCAGCGCGUCGUGGCCCGAAUGGCGAACGGCGGGUUGGAGCUCCCGAAGGAGUGGAUGGGCGCUCGCGGUCGCCAGCGUGUUGCGCAUGAGGCCAAGGCGCUGCUGAUGGAGGUUCACGCGUGGCUCGGUGACGAUUGCCUCAGCAUCAAAAUGUACGACCUCGUAAAAAAGAAAGACAAUCCGAUCCCUGGCACCAUCACGGGGAAGAGGAGCGGCAACAACGUGCUCAAGCUGAACGUCAAGCUGAACUUUCUCGAGGCCCUCCUCGACGCAGCUGGCCGCGACUCGCUCGCGGGGGGCCUGGAAGGGUGGGGUGUGUAUUGGGGCCUGCGCUCGCAGCUCCGCGACUUCAGCCCCGGCGAAGAGCAGCGCCUGAACUCGGAGGUGCUGGUCGCCUCUGAGGUUGCUCGCAGCCUGACAGAGACAAUUAACAUCGUGGACUUGGAGAACGAAGUUGGCAACGAGGAGGGCAAUGAGUUCGAUUGCGCCAGGCGCUACAUCGCGCGCCACCGCGAGAACGGCAUUCGGAAGAGUGAUUUCUCAAGCCUCACCGUCACUUACUACAGGAAGUACGACAUGCAGGGGAGGGAGUACGCGCACGGCCCGAGCGCACAGGGCUUCAAGACGGCACUCAAGAAGCACGCGUUCCGCUCACAGUGUGACAUCGACGCUUCGCACGGUGACGUCUUCGAGAACUACGACAUUGAUUGUGUCAGCGCGUUCAUGCAGUUUCUGUGGAACGAGCUCAACGACGUUGUGGGCGGCGGCGCUGAGAUCGAGUACGAGACGUUUACUGCGUAUGUUCGUAACCCGCGUGGCUUCCGCAGUUUGCUGGCAAGCUACUUGGACAUCGCUGUUAAGGAGGCCAAGAAGCAGCUCAUCAGCAUCCUCCACUGUGGCGAGCCGAAGGCUGAGCUGCCAUUACUGUGGUCGCUCGCAGUCGAGCUUCGCACAGCGACCCGAGUGAUCCUGGAGAAGCCGCGGUUCCAUCACCUGAACUCGAAGUUCGCUGAUCGGCGCUUCCCCAUGGCGACUCGCCUGCAUUAUGCCCUGAGCGCCAUCGAGGACGAGCUCAUCAUGAACGUCCACCAGGCAUUGACCCGCGAGUUCGGCGAGGGGGUCCAGGUUCUCGUUUACAUGUUCGACGGUUUGAUCGUUCGCUUCGGCUCGCUGGGCAACGAUGACAAGCUGCGCGACGUGCUGACCAAAGUCGGCGAGAAGGCCAACGUCAGCUUCACGUGUGAGAAGUUCUGA